AUGGAUAGAUGCAAACAUGUCGGGCGGCUACGACUCGCCCAGGACCACUCGAUCCUGAACCCCCAGAAGUGGCACUGUGUGGAGUGCCAGACCACGGAGUCGCUCUGGGCCUGCCUCAAGUGCUCCCACGUGGCCUGCGGGCGGUACCUGGAGGAGCACGCGCUGCGGCACUUCCAGCAGACCAGGCACCCCCUGGCCAUGGAGGUUCACGACCUCUACGUCUUCUGUUACCUCUGUGAGGAUUAUGUCUUGAACGAUAACCCCGAGGGAGACCUGAAGCUGCUGAGGAGUUCUCUGUUGGCCAUCAGAGGUCAGAGGUGUGACCGGGCGGGUCGGGGCGGGAGGACUCUGCGCUCCAUGGCGCUGGGCGAGGAGCGUGGCCCUCAGAGGAGCCCUCAGGGGCAGUCUCAGAUGCUCACAGCUCUCUGGCACCGGCGCCAGGCCCUGCUGGCGCGGGCACUGAGGACCUGGUUUGGUAAGAGCUCCCGGGGGCAGCUGAAGCUGCAGCAGAAGAAGCAGCUGGAGGAGCUUUUUUUGCGGCAGCGGCGGCAGGAGGUCAAGAGGCAGCUCCUGGAGGAGCUGGCAAACACCCCUCCCAGGAAGAGUGCCAGGCUGCUGUCCCACGUGCACAGGGAGAACCUGAUCCCGAGUAAAUUCAGGGAGGUGGCCACUUCCCCUACCUCAAGGCAGAUGCAGAGCAGAAGAUUCAAGCAGUUCUACUCCAUCCGGCGUCAGCCUGCCAUGACUCCAGGGGUGACAGGGCUGAGGAACCUGGGCAAUACCUGUUAUAUGAACUCCAUCCUGCAAGUGCUCAGCCACCUCCAGAAGUUUAGGGAAUGUUUUCUGACACUUGAUCUCUGUGAAACAGAAGAACUCUUAGCUAAAACUGUGAACGGGAGGGCCAGGGUGCCUGGCAGGCUGGCAAAUGGGGCUGCUGCCAGUGAGCCAGGGCAGCCUGACAGGGUGGGAUCAUCUGGCACGCAGGGCUUGCCAGCUGGCUUGAAUGGAGGCUCCUCCAUCAGCAGGAGCUUAGAGCUGAUCCAGCCCAAGGAGCCAAGCUCGAAGCACAUCUCCCUCUGCCACGAGCUGCACACCCUCUUCAGGGUGAUGUGGUCUGGCAAGUGGGCCCUGGUGUCCCCCUUUGCCAUGCUGCACUCCGUGUGGAGCCUGAUCCCAGCAUUCCGGGGCUACGACCAGCAGGACGCUCAGGAAUUCCUCUGUGAGCUGCUGGACAAGGUCCAGCAGGAGUUGGAGUCGGAGGGAACCAAGCGCAGGAUCCUCAUCCCCUUCUCGCAGAGGAAACUCACCAAGCAGGUGCUGAAGGUGGUGAACACCAUUUUCCACGGGCAGUUGCUCAGCCAGGUCACCUGCAUCACCUGCAACUACAAAUCCAACACCAUUGAGCCCUUCUGGGACCUGUCCCUGGAGUUCCCUGAGCGCUACCACUGCCUGGAGAAGGGCCUGGUCCCCGUGCAGCAGGAGGAGUGCAUGCUCACGGAGAUGCUGGCCAAGUUCACGGAGACAGAAGCCCUGGAGGGCAGGAUCUAUGCCUGUGACCAGUGCAACAGCAAAAGGCGAAAGUCUUCUCCCAAACCUCUGGUUCUGAGCGAAGCUAAGAAGCAGUUACUGAUCUACAGACUACCUCAGGUCCUCCGGCUGCACCUCAAACGGUUCAGGUGGUCUGAACGCAAUCACCGUGAGAAGAUUGGGGUCCAUGUCCUCUUUGACCAGGUAUUAAACAUGGAACCUUACUGCUGCAGGGACUCUCUCUCCUCUCUUGACAAAGAGACCUUUGUCUAUGACCUCUCGGCUGUGGUGAUGCAUCACGGGAAGGGGUUUGGCUCAGGACACUACACAGCAUAUUGCUACAACACGGAGGGAGGGUUUUGGGUCCACUGCAAUGACUCCAAACUGAAUGUAUGUAGCGUGGAGGAGGUGUGCAAGACCCAGGCCUACAUUCUCUUUUACACUCAAAGAACUGUGCAGGACAAAGCAGGAAUCUCAGAAAAACAACUCCAAGCUCAGGUGCCACCCAAAUCCAGUGACAAGGACAGGAGUCUGACAUUCCCCUGA